UCGUCAUUGUGUGUAAAUAAUUCCUUUCUUACCGUAUGUAUUUCAAACUGUUCUCGGAAAGACUUGUCAUUCUUUGGAUUUUACAUCAACUAUGGUUAUAGUUGUGUGGAUGAAAAAGGGCAGUCCUCCUGCCAGUCAGAAUAAUUCCAACCUGAAAAUAAACACUACACAAAAUAACAAAAUGACAGCCAAAGGAAUCUUAAUUUGUCGUGAUAAUUCUCAUCCUUUUCAAGAGCGUACAUUAACAUUAGAGCAACCUGUUAAAAUUGGUCGUUCAGUAGCAAGAGCUAGAGCCACUCCAAAUAAUGCAAUCUUUGAUUGUAAAGUAUUAUCUAGAAAUCAUGCAUCAAUGUGGUAUUCGGGUGGAAAGUUUUUUUUACAAGACACACGUAGUAGCAAUGGAACAUUUGUUAAUAAUGAAAGACUCAGUGCAGCUGGUUUUGAAUCAGCACCUAAGGAAGUAUAUUCUGGUGACAUAGUGCAAUUUGGAGUGGAUGUGAUAGAAAAUACAAAAAAAGUUACACAUGGAUGUAUAGUUGCAACAUUAAAGUUAUAUUUGCCAGAUGGAAAAGAAGCUAAAGCUAGUCUUAAUACAACAGUUGUGUCACCAUUCACUGUUUCUCUGGAGGAUGUGUAUAAUCUGAAUCAAGUUAUGCAAGAAGCCUCAAGGCGUGAAAAAGCACUUAAUUCUAAGUUAGUAUAUCUUCAACAACUUGUAGCAAAUACACGAAAAGCUGCCAAUCAAUCUUGGGAAACAUUAAUAGCAGAAGACCGGUUGUUAUCUUGGGUGCAAGGUAUGGAAAACAAAUUGGCAGUUUAUUCUAAAAAUUACACAGAGGAUAAAAUUAGAAAUGAGUUAGUGGCACUUCAAGAAGAAAAAAUACAGUACCAAAAUGCAGCAAAGGAGGCAUUACAGAAAGUAUUACAAGAGAAAUUAGAGGUAACUCAGAGAUUAGUUCAAUUAGAAGGACGUUUAAAUGAAACAGAAGAAGAGUGUCAAAGUCUUCAUAAUGUAGCAAAGUAUACCCAAACAGAGCUUCAGGCGUUAUGUAGUAAAAAUACAGAAGUAGAAAAGAUGCUUCAGGAAGCUACAAAUAAAUACAAAGAGAGCGAGGAACAAAUAAAAGAUAUAGUACAAAGUGCAGAAGAGGAAAAGCAAGAACUUUUAAAGAGACUUGAAGAUCAAUCUAGAAUCGAGAAAUAUUUGCAGGCAAGAUUACGAGAUUCCCGGUUAGAUUCUGUUAAUAUCUAUAAGCAAAUCACUGCCCUUAGAAAUUAUAUGCAAAUUUUGCAAGAUAUGAAUUCAAAAUUAGUAACAAGUGACAUCAUAGAUUCAAAGGAUGAAGAAAACCCUAUUGAAGCUAUCAAUAUUAUUCUUAAUAAAUUAAAUUCCAUUCAUAUUGACAAUGUAGACAUUGAUGCAGAAACCAAUUUUUAUCCUUCAAAAGAUCAACAAGAUAAUCAAAUUAAUUCACAAGAUAUUGAUUCAAAUCAGUUCAAGAAUUCUGAUAAUUCCUUUUCAAAAGAACAAUUAAAUGAUUCCUUGGCUAAUAAUAAUGAUAAUUUAAUAGAAUAUAUUUUACCACCGCAAUCUCGAAAAACUUUAGUUAAUGGGAAUGUAAAUAUAGAUAAUGCAGAUAUGAAUUCAGAAUCUGAUGCAAAUUCAGAUGCAACAGAUGAUAGAUGCAGUAUUACCAGUGAUGAUACAAGUGAAAAAUCUGUUAUAGAAGUUAAAAAGGAAGAAGCUGUAUAUGAAGUAGCUGAAGAAAUUUGUGUACCUUAUAAAAUGGAAGUUAGAUUUUCAUGUGAAGAAAAUAGUAAAGAAUUAGAAACCCCUCAUUCUCCACAAGUUGUACAGAAAGUGAAGGAAAGUGAGGAAGAUAAAGAUAAUGUUGACAAUAUAGGCAAUGUUAAGAUAACUUCAAAUGAGUCUACUCCUAUGGAAGUCAGUCAAUAUGAAAAGAAGGAUGAAGCAGAUAAAGAUAGUAGUGAAUUGGAUGAAGAAUGUGAGGAAGAACAUUUAGAAGGAGAUUAUGUUAAAACAUUAAAGCCAUUGUCUAAAACUGAUUCUGCACAGCAAAUACAUACAAGAGAAUAUAUACUACAAACAUUAAUAGGAUCUUUAGAUUCAUUAAAAGUUGAAGACAAUUUAGAAUCACAACAAGCUAUUAAGAAAGAGUUAGAAAGGCUUAAGGAUUGGUUAAUUUGUGAACCUCAUGAAGAAAUUAUCGAGAAAUUAAGAGAACUUUAUUAUCGUGCCAAGAAUGAAGCUCAAAGAAUUCAGGAACUCCAUGAAGAAUUAGUUAUUUUAAAAGAAAAGUACAAUGCAUUUGUUGAAGAAAAGGCAGAGCUUUCAAAAAAAUAUACAACUCUUAAAGCACAAUGCGGUGAUUUGUCAAAUGUGAAUUACACUGUACCAAUACAUUAUGUGGCACCCAUUGCAAUUCUGUUAAUAUGGAUGCUGCUUGAAAAAAUAUUUUAA